AUGCGGCUCGAUCUCACCCUCGCGCUGCUCGUGGCCACAACAUCAGCAUACACGCUGGUUCAGACGGAGCACCAGCCUCGCAAGUUCUAUAUCAUUGCCGGCGAUGAAUACGCGGAAGUCAGCUACGAGAAAGCCUACAUUGUCCACAGAGUGCUGCUAGGUGGCACUCCGGCCCAUGGUCGCGACGCAGAAUGGACACCGACGUUGGAAAACUUACGGAAACUCGAAGACCGGGGUCAGAAGAAUGGGACUCUCGAGUUCAUGGUCCUGAAGGCAAAUCCGAACAGAUAUUUUGUGUUUGACGCACCGCAAUUUGCGGAGAUCGACCAGGAGAAAUAUGUGACGCUUAGCGCCUUCACCGCAAACCAAAUCAUCCAUUUUGUUGACGAGAAUUGGAAUCAAAUUUCCUACAAAUAUGAGCGACUGGUAGUGCGCGGAGCCAUCGAAGACCUACUACCGAUCUUCAAGCGGAAA